AUGGCGGCUUUCCCGACCGAUGAGGGAGACUCCUUUUCUUCUUCCACUCACAAGUGGGACUAUGAUGUCUUCUUGAGUUUUAGAGGUGAAGAUACUCGCCAUGGUUUUACUGGCCAUUUAUAUCAGGCUUUGUGUGACAAAGGUUUCAACACCUUCAUUGAUAAUAAAGAUCUCCAAAGAGGUGAAGAAAUUUCAGCGGAACUUAUCAAAGCCAUUAAAUCAUCAAUGAUUUCAAUUAUCAUAUUCUCUCAAAACUAUGCAUUUUCCACUUGGUGCCUCCAAGAACUCACCAAAAUUCUUGAGUGUAAAAGAAUUGGACAAAAAGUUUAUCCAGUUUUUUACAAAGUGGAUCCAUCUAAAGUACGCAAGCAGGAGGGUAGUUUUGGAUUAGCACUAACUACACAUGAAAAAAAUUUUGAGAAUAACAUAGAGAAAGUGCUGAGGUGGAGGGCAGCUUUAUGUGAAGCAGCUAGUUUGUCUGGAUGGCAUUGUGAAGAUAGUUUUCCUGAAUAUCAGCUUAUCCAAGGAAUUAUUAGAGAGGUAUCAAUUACCAAAUUAAAUCGCACAAAGUUAUUUGUUGCUAAAUACCCAACUGGAGUAGAUUCUCGUGCAGAAUUCGUAGAAAAUCUUUUAGAUAUUAAGUCAAAUGAUGUUCGCGUGGUUGGAAUUCAUGGCCUUGGAGGAAUAGGAAAGACUACAAUUGCAAAAGCUGUUUAUAAUAGAGUUGCUGAUCAAUUUGAAGGAAGUAGCUUCCUAAUGAAUGUUAGAGAAAAUUCAAGAACAGAUUGUAGCAUAAUCAAACUACAAGAGCAACUUCAUUUUGAGAUCUUAGGGAGCAAAGAAUUUAAGGUGCACAGUACAUCCAGAGGAAUCAAUGUGAUCAAAGAAAGACUUUCGAGUAAAAAGAUUUUUUUGGUUCUUGAUGAUGUGGAUAAAUUGGGCCAAAUAGAAAAUUUUCUCGGAAAAUGCGAUUGGCUUGCUAAUGGAAGUAGAGUUAUUAUAACCACAAGAGACAAACGUGUGCUAACUAGUUUUGAAAAUGAUCCUUUAAUCUACAAGGUUGUGGAAUUGGAUCAACAUGAAGCUCUUCAACUCUUUAGUGAGUAUGCCUUCAACAAAAACGAACCUGAGGCAAAUUAUUUACAUCUUACAAAUCAAUUCAUAUGUUAUGCCAAUGGCCUUCCAUUAGCUCUACAAAUCAUAGGUUCCGAUUUACGUGGAAGAAGCACUCACCAAUGGGAAAGUGAAUUAGAAAAGUAUAAGAAUAUUCCAAACAAAGAAAUUCAAAAUAUGCUAAAAGUAAGUUUUGAAGGAUUGGACAAAAAUGAACAGGAUAUUUUCCUCGAUAUUGCAUGUUUCUUCAAAGGAUUGUCCAAAAAUGAUGUUGUGGAUAUCUUAGUUGCUUGCAAUUUAUAUCCGGAUUCUGGUAUUUCAAAACUUAUUGAUAAGUGUCUCAUAAGUGUUGAAUUUGACAAGUUAUGGAUGCAUGACUUGCUACAACAAAUGGGUAGAGAAAUUGUUCAACAAGAAUCAAAUGUGCCUGGAAAACGUACAAGACUAUGGCGUUAUGAUGAUGCUUUAGAAGUUCUUACAGAAAAUACGGAUUUUCAAUUCCAGAAUUUGAAACGUAUCAACCUCCGUGGAUAUCUAAGCAAUGUUCAAAAUCUAGAUCUGAGUAAUGUUGGAAAUCUAACUGAAUUAGAUUUUCUGAUGAAGUCUGAUUACUUUCCUGUAUUUGAUUAUUCUGAUUCAAAAGAUUUAAAUCUACUUGAUCGGAAUUUUGCGGAGGUUGAAUUUGCAUGGAAUAUACAUCAAGGGAUAUCUCAUAUCCUAAGUUGUGGGAUCCAUGUUGAAUGCAUCUGUCCUUUGGUUCAAGAUCUCUCCACUGACGCUCACCCACCUACUUCAAUACCUGCCUUCCCCAUUUGUUCUAUUUCAAACACUGUCACGCCUUCCUCCCACCUCUUAAACUCUUGUUUGGAUUAUCCUCCUCAGCCUCAGGUCACUGUCCCUGGUGACGCUAGCCACAGUUCUUUGCCAUCUAGUAUAGACCUUCCAAAUAAUAUGACAGACAUGUUCGAAUCACGCUUGGGUCUGCCAAGUUUGCGAAUUGGCUCAACUAUUAGUGAGGGGUUUCAUUUGGGUUCUUCUUCAGUGGCCCAUAACUUUGUCAGUGAUGAUGAUUCUGACUACAAUUUGUAUUCUCCAUCGAAGAAAAUGAGAAAAUCUUGA